GACGACUGAUCAAAAAUUUACCCGGUUAGACCGGAACUAUCGAAACAAUCAAACUUCUCCAAACCUAUGUGAAAGUGCUAAAGGUACGAAGAAUAAAAAUACAAGCGAAAAAAAAUCAGAAAG